GUGGAGGGGCCACUUCUCAGUUGCAGAAGUGAAACACAUUACACACGCACAUACGCUCCGUCGCACUGUUCCACGAACAUUCAAGACUGAAAACCAGAAGAAAGCAAAAGCAAGACGUUAGAGAAGAGGAGAGUCUGUCUGUGUCAUGCUCGCCGAAGGUUUUCUCCGAGUGCUGCUUUACAGGGAGGAGAGGAAGUUUGCCUCUGCUUCCAAACAACACAAAACGAAGACAAACACUCAUUGUACAGAUGCGUUGAUCUGUUCUCACUCCAACUCAAACACUACAGACCUACGGUUACAUUCAGCUGAAGCAGGUCAAGGCCAGGAAGAAUUACACUUCACCCAAGAUCAGGGACUGAGAGCGGUGCAUCGACGCCCUGUAGGCCUCACAAUCCCUGGGUGUUCACCUGUCCUCACCGUGGAUCCUGACAUAACAGUUUGCAUUGACGACUGCAGUCUCCUGCAACAGUAUCCAGAUCUACAGGUGGCCGACUCUGGCCGCAUCUCACAAUAUCCACUGAGAGCCACUGCUAUUCAGCACAGUUUGGUCCGUCCUGUCUCUGACGUUCACUUCCAGCCAGAGUGGGAGGUUUCCCAGCAAGAGCUACGAGGGGAACCUGUUUCAUCCACAUCAGACCAGGGUUAUCUGGUUGUGGGGACGAGUGUGAACAUGAGCCUGGGUCUGCCUGGGUCUGGGUUGGAGCCCAUGUCGAACUCGGUACUGAACGGCAUGCUGGACAAACAGGUGGAGGAGGUUUACCUGCAGCACAUGACUGACAAUUUGGCUCGAUGCAACUCUGACCUGGGAAACAGCCUCCUGCACGGCCUUGUGCCGCCACCGCAGCCCAGCAUGCAGACACGGGGACCAGACUCACUGGAGGCCUGUCUGGUGAAAGUAUCAGGUGGAGGCAACGCAAAGAAGAUGAGUUGCCUGAGCACCCAGAACAUUCCCUGCUCAUCUAACUUCAGCUCGCCUGUGCUGAGGAUCUCAGAGAAUGACCACACUCAUUUGAAGAGAAACUACAUGUAAUGGUGUUCCAGGCUUUCUCUUCUUUUUCACCCCAGGUUUAUGUGAAAUGGAGAUUAGAUCAAUUCAGUAAAUGAGAGCAAGUUCUGUUUGUUUUUUUUGUUUGUAUUUGCAUCAUUUCUUUGUUUACUUAAGUGAUUAAAUGAUGCUUACAGUUUAGCAGCUCCCAUGUGCCACCUGCUGUUGAUUUUUUGUACUACACUGACAUGUCCAUGAGGAUUUACUGUAUUGUUUCCGUCAUUAUACAGUGUGGGUGUGUUAAGGUAAUAACACUUUUAUCUAAUGUUAUCUCACACGUCACCCUGGAGAGGCCUUGUAAAUGUGUAACAUUCACCUUUGUGUAAAAUAACCUCUGGUGUAAAUGAACUAAAAUACUAGAACCUAAGAAUAAGUCCACCGUUCACCAACCAGGAAAUAAAUUAAAUACAACAAUUCAACUUUGAUGUUACAUGAGCUACAGCUCAAGUUACCACCAGAGGAGUAAAAUGUUUAAUGUGGAGUCUGAUAUGACUGAAAAUACAAGAGACUUUUUCAGUAACGUCAGUGACCGACCUGAUGACACUUAUUAGUGUGAAUUAUACAGUGCAUUUUUACUUUACUGUGAAAUGCAACUGAAGAACAACAAUGGUAAAUUCUGUUUUUCUUUAAUAGACAGCAUUAUAUACCACUACUGUGCAAGACUCCUGGUCAUCUGAUGGCUACAUGCAAUAUUGUAAUAUAAUAAUACUGUGUGAGGUUGAUUUGUGACCUGUGAAGCACAGAUGCUCACAUGCUUCCUAACCUGGUAUUGGGGAAAUAAGCUUUCGUGAACUAAACUUGUUGUUCCUGCUGACAAGUCAAAGUGUCUGCACUGAUGAAAGACCUGCGACGACAGAGCGCCACACUAAAAAAACAUGGAUACAAAAAUCCAUGUUCAGUGUGACAGUAUAACAAUAUUAUUCAUUGCUGCUUUUCAUGUCUGAUUCAAAAUAAAUAAUAAAAACAAAUCCUGUGGUUA